UAGAAGUACUGUAAGUGAAAGUGAAAGUAAAGUGUAAAGUGGAAAAGACGUCGUGUUACAUUCUGUUCGUUGAUAAAUUAGCCUUUGGACUGUUUUGGUUUAUUUUUCUAAACUCCUAAUAGUUUUAUUCACCAGUUACAAACCGCUUUACCUUGGAGUCAGACUUGUUUUGUAGUGAAAUGAAGACCUUUCCGACCUCGGCGGUCUGGUGUUUAGGGAUUCUGUUCAUCAGUGUUUCAUUGAUAACAACAGGGUCGUCUGAGGUUCAGGUUGUUGGACCGGCUGACCCAGUCGAUGCCUUAGCUGGUGAUGACAUCAUUCUACCAUGUUCCCUGAAACCCAAAGCCAGUGCUGAGACCAUGAUAGUGAGGUGGACAAGAUUGAACCUGACAACAGAAAACGUCCAUCUUUACCGUGAUGGUCGAGACUCCAAUGAGGACCAGUCUCCAUCCUACAGGGGAAGGACAUCAAUGUUUAAUGAAGAACUGAAGAACGGCAACGUCUCCUUAAAGCUGACCAGAGUUACUCUCUCUGAUGCUGGAAGCUAUAUGUGCUUCAUUCCAACACUGACCAGCCAGGUGAAGGAAACCACCGUUCAACUCCUUGUUGGUGCUGUAUCUCAGCCAGUGAUAUCUAUUGAUGGAACUAAAGACUGGGGGGUGGUCCUGAAGUGUGAGUCUGGAGGCUGGUUUCCUGAACCUGAGAUGGAGUGGCUGGACAGUUCUGGAACCAUCCUCCCUGCUGAUGGACCUCCAGAGAGACACAGGGACUCAGAGGGCCUCUACACUGUGAGACGACAUGUCACCGUGAACCAGACUGACACCAACAGGUUCACCUGUAGAGUUCAACAGCAGGAGAUCAACCACAUGAAGGAGACAGAGAUUCAUGUCCCAGAUGACGUGUUUCCUAAAUCACACGUAGGGUUGAUUGUUGGUCUACUAGCAGCAGCUGUUGUAGUUCUUACAGCUUCAGCUGGUGGUGUCUACUGGUGGAGAAAACAUAUGAAAGAGAAGCAAAGACAACGAUGGGAAGAACGAGAUAAGAAGAUUAUAAAAGAUUUGGAAGAACGAAUGAAGGACUAUAAAUUGGAACAGGAAAAAAGGCGUGAUGCCCAGUUUGUGACCAGAAACAAGGACCACCUCAUUCAGAAUGUUUCCGAGGGGAAAUCCAUAGCAUCUGAGCUGCACAAGAAGGACUUGAUCCCUGAUGAGAUGAACUCUCAGAUCAGUGCUGCCGGGACCAGCCAGGACCAGAUGAGACUGUUGUUCAAGGCCCUAGAAGAAGCAGAAGACACAACAAGAGUGAAAUCUACAUUUUACAAGAUUCUACUGGAUCUGGAACCUGACGUUGUCAAAGACCUGGGUCUAUUUAACCUCAUUGGUCUAUUUAACACCAUUGGUCUAUUUAACACCAUUGAGAAGCAAAGACAACGAUGGGAAGAACGAGUGAAGGACUAUAAAUUGGAACAGGAAAAAAGGCGUGAUGCCCAGUUUGUGACCAGAAACAAGGACCACCUCAUUCAGAAUGUUUCCGAGGGGAAAUCCAUAGCAUCUGAGCUGCACAAGAAGGACUUGAUCCCUGAUGAGAUGAACUCUCAGAUCAGUGCUGCCGGGACCAGCCAGGACCAGAUGAGACUGUUGUUCAAGGCCCUAGAAGAAGCAGAAGACACAACAAGAGUGAAAUCUACAUUUUACAAGAUUCUACUGGAUCUGGAACCUGACGUUGUCAAAGACCUGGGUCUAUUUAACCUCAUUGGUCUAUUUAACACCAUUGAGAAGCAAAGACAACGAUGGGAAGAACGAGGUGAUGCCCGGUUUGUGACCAGACACAAGGAUCACCUCAUUCAGAAGGUUUCCGGGGGAAUCCAUAGCAUCUGAGCUGCACCAGAAGGACUUGAUCCCUGAUGAGAUGAACUCUCAGAUCAGUGCUGCCGGGACCAGCCAGGACCAGAUGAGACUGUUGUUCAAGGCCCUAGAAGAAGCAGAAGACACAACAAGAGUGAAAUCUACAUUUUACAAGAUUCUACUGGAUCUGGAACCUGACGUUGUCAAAGACCUGAGUCUAUUUAACACCAUUGAGAAGCAAAGACAACGAUGGGAAGAACGAGGUGAUGCCCGGUUUGUGACCAGACACAAGGAUCACCUCAUUCAGAAGGUUUCCGGGGGGGAAUCCAUAGCAUCUGAGCUGCACCAGAAGGACUUGAUCCCUGAUGAGAUGAACUCUCAGAUCAGUGCUGCCGGGACCAGCCAGGACCAGAUGAGACUGUUGUUCAAGGCCCUAGAAGAAGCAGAAGACACAACAAGAGUGAAAUCUACAUUUUACAAGAUUCUACUGGAUCUGGAACCUGACGUU